UAAAAUAAAAGAAACUCAGCCCUCUUGAGUCUUGACUCUUGUCUCUUGCCUCAGCCUUAAGCAGCCGAACUCUCUUUUUUACCCAUUUCCGGUCCAUUUAUCAGCUGAGAAAGCUUUCGCAUUUAUCUUUCUGCUUCUUUGUAUUGUAAUGAUGAAUAGUAAAGAAAAUGAAACUUUAGUUGCUAGUUCAUUUGGAAAGCUGCCCGAUCACCUUCUGAUAGAAAUUUUCAUUAGAAUUCCUGUCCCUGAGUGGUCGCAAGUAUCUUGUGUUAAAAAACAGUGGGCAACUUUGUUUCGUGAAGAAUGCUUGUGGCAAGCCGCUCUAGACAGGACCUAUCCUUCAGCUAGCCGUGCUAAAAGGUGGCCUGGACCUAUUCCCCGAGGGUUAAGCCGGAGGAGAUAUGAAGCUCUAUAUGUUAGUAGACACAUCUUUGCUAUUGAUGGUGAACUUGAUGAGAUUGUGGGACAUGCUUAUUUGUUCUUAAAAGAGCAGCUCCAACGUUCAACUGUUCUGCCUCCUUCUGGGAUACUUCACGGAACCCUAAUUGAUCAGUUUAUUGCCUGUGGAAAAACAAGAGACGUGGCUCAUGAGCUUGCUUCCCAGAUCUGGCUGGCUGUUCUCGACAAUUUAGAGGAAAACGAGCACACAUUUUUGAUACUCAAACGUCUGGCACAAGAGGGAGACGUUUUCCUUCCAUAUCCAUAUACAAGAUCAAUCAAAGUCCAAUGGAGGGUGUUUGAAAAGCUCCUGACGGAUUUCCGCGACUGCUUCAGUCAUGUAGAUUACUACGACGUGUUGGCUUGUGCAAAAAGCAAGUUUCAGCCAAUACCAUCAGCCUGGUUGGGUUUCUAAUUUCCAUCUCAAAUGUAUUGUUAAAGUGUAAAUAUACGUAUGUGAAUGCCUCAAACAAAGUUUGCUGAGUGUGAAAAAGGAAGAAGCUUUAGAAUCCUCAUACCAGCAAUUCCUUUAUGAGGUGUUAGGAAAAAAGGGAAAAACACUGUAUAUUUGAACUGUUGAUAAUUGUAUGAUUUUAAAGACAUUGUACAAACUGUUUAUCAAAAACCACACAAGGUUUAUUAUAUUAUGAAGAUGUGAAAAUUCAA